AUGUCACGCAUAUCUAAAGGCACGCGCCUUGGAUACGUCCGAUUCUUUUUUGUCCCUAAGCCAAUCAUAACGCGCGGUGCAAACGCGUGCCACCAUCCCGCUAUAAAUACUGGUCGCGUGUCAAGAGGAAACUCACUCUCCACAUACAUCGCUCUGCUCGAGCCACUACUUUAUUUCAAACAGCUAGAGCCUACAUUCAUCCAAACCAAGAUGGUUAAUGAAGGAAAAGCCCUCUCCGAAGCCCUGCUGUCUGCCAAGGCGGAGGGUCGCCUCACUGUUGGCGUCUAUGAAUGCGCAAAAAUCAUGAAUGAGGACCCUGACAGUGUGUCCUUCUGCCUUUUGGCCACUGAUGACUUCGAGUGCGACAUUGCUCUGCAGAUCCACUUCACUCUCAUUCAGGCGUUUUGCUUUGACAACGACAUCAGCAUCGUCAGAGUCAACGACCUGAAGAGACUCAACGCUCUCGUUGGUGGAAAAGGUCAACUUGAGGAGGCUCACUGUGUGCUUAUAACGAACCCAACUGAGGACUCCUGGGAGGAUCCAGCUCUGGAGAAGCUGCACCUGUUCUGUGAAGAGAGUCGCAGCUAUAACGAGUGGGUUCCUGAGAUCACUCUGCCCGAGCGUUGAUCUGGAGCUUUACUCUUCUCUGCUGAGAUGCUGUAAACCUUGAGGAAUACUCUGCUCAUCCUUGAAGCGAGGAUGAUGAUGUUUUCACAUCCCUGGAUGCUCCUGAGGAGGCUGAACCGUCCAGGCAGCGCGAGGCAGGCCCGAGUGGCCCUCGCGGUUCUACGUCGUUCCUCGUCCCGUCCAUGCCAAGAUGACCCUCAUUCUUUAUGUGAACGAGGUCAGGUAUGCCACGAGAGCGACACAAUGGCCCUCAUUCUUUGUGCGGAUGAGGUUUGGAGAAGAUGGAGAAGCGAGUUUGUUUCUGUUUCACAGAGCAAAUAUCGCAUGCGUUGGACACGCAGAGGACGCGGCGGUGCGUCGGAGCAGCGUUUUUAAAAAUGGACUUUAACAUCACGGACGUUUUUAAAAAUGUCAUUGCUGCACAAUAUAACGUAGCUUAUUGUCGGCAAUGUGCUUUCCACUUUCCAGAGUUGUCUUAUUCUCUAAAGGUUUCACUUUAGAAAUAUUCAUAUGACAAAAAAAGAGAAAAAAAGAAAAAAGAAAUAUCU